AUGGCGGCUGUCUCCGUACCUCCAGCUCAGGUUGAUGACCAUCAGUUCUGGAACGAUCCAAUUCUUUGCGAGGAAACGCGAGCCAGAUUGAAACAUUUCCGCAGUCCUGGAUGGCUCCCUCCAAACUUCAAGCCAAGAACGCUAAUAGGAAUCGCCGUGGUCGAACGGUACUGGCGGAAAUAUUGUAUUCAAUCGAACCAGGACUACGUGAACUAUCUUCUGCUGGAAGACCAAGCGAUCUACAUGAACCUUUUCGACUGGAUGUUUAAGACAUCAAGAAAGAAAGCACUUCAAUCGUAUGACGAAUACUGGCGCCGCCUUUGUCAAUACUUCGAGCUAUUCGCCCGUCGCAGUGUUAAUGACGAUAUUCAUAAGCAGAUGCGACGCUUUCUCAAUGGCGUAUUCCCGGCAGAGCGCAAAAUUUCCAGACGAACGAAGGAUAAGAAUACUCUAGAUGUGAAUGUCUUUUGUGUGAUCUAUCGGCAUCACUGGGUCCAUUCGCGGUUUUUUCGUCACGGAAGUAUGAUCGUCCAAUUUGCUACCAUCCAACUCUGGUCAGCCAUUACCGGGACCCGACCCGGCGUCUUACUUCCACAGAACACCUCUCUACCUGAUGAAUCCUCUCUGAGCAAGCGCAAACAAAAUCCCACUUUUCAGAGUGAUCUUCCGAAGCACAUCCCCGUAACAGACCUUCCGGACUCGGUCUGUUACCGCUCUUCUACCUGCGCGACCCUCAGAGCAGACGUGACGUUCUUUGUGCGGUGA